GUCACCACGUCCACGAUUCAUGCCUGCGAUGCUGCACCGCUGCUUUGCAUGUCUUGAAGUAAUUGAUUUUUUGAAUCUCAGGGGGUGGUCGACGUUUUUGGUGCUCCUCGGAACAGCUUUCCGGGAGCCCCCCGCAGCAGUUUUACCCUUCUACCUUUGUCCUUGCUGAAACUAAGAAUGUCCCUGGACCAGAACCUUGAUCUUGCCCUGAUCGGGUACCAGGAACUAAUCGCCAUCGCUGAACGCAAGUCCCUGGACUCCCCUUCGAGCCUCGCCCGGCCAGAGCUGGUGCAGGCACUGCGGAAGCACGGCGUUGGAGGGAAGCCCGUCACUGACACCGGUACCACAGCCUGGCGUUAUUCUCCGUUGACAAUAGAUCCCUGCAAAGUGUACUUGACUGGCUGCACCUGUCUAACACGACUGCAACCAGCAGCUGGAGUGGCACAUGCCCAUUACCCGGAGUCAGUGCCCGUCAGUGGUGUAACUACCAUUCUCAUCAAACAUCACAAGCUGCUUGGAGUUCCAGUUUUGACGAAACUUGCUGGUCUCUAGGAUUCUUAAUCCUAGUAUUUGCUUCCUACACCAGCCACAGUGUUUUUCUUCCCUCGUUCCUUUUUCAUCCUUUUUCUUUUUCUUGUGUGUUAACCUUUCAGUGGACCCUGCAAUGCAUUUCAACAAAAUACAGGCAUUCUGGUCUGUUUGCAUCCGCAGCAGGUACACUGGGAACCAUGUGGAGAUUGUGGGUCGAUAUUUAGUGCAUCUGGGUGGCAUCCCACUAAGGCUUUCGAGCACCCAGGGCAUGAUACGAACCCCGAGCACGGAACGACGGCUCUUUUCUGCAAAUGCUCCUCUGCAGCCGGUUUCCGCAUUCACACACAUUAUGGCUGUUUUUGCUCCGUUAGUGUUUGCUGUCUCAGACAGUAUUGUCCGGUGUUACUGCUAGCUCAAAUGGCAUGGAAUGACGGUUCUCAUCACUUGUCAAUGACAAUGGCUGAAGCAUUUUCUUCUUACAAACCCGGCUGCCGCGCUUCUUUCAGAAUAUUUUAAACUUCAAUGUACUCCUGAAUGAUCGGAUAUGCGGAGCCGGCUAGCAGUGUCUGCUCUAGGAUUUCACACGACUACUGCAGUUCAUUCUUCCAAACUCAAUGUUUUAAGAGUUCCACAUGUUUCCUGAAACCGUGUUUUUGACGAAAUUCACCACGAUAUUCCCCGAAAUCAAUGAUUGGGGCACUGAAACCUGCUUUACCCCUGUGUACUGUACUCUGUAGCUCACUCCAUAUUGGCAUAUUCACCUACAUACAAUUUACCAUCUACAU